GUGGCGGCCCUGGGGAUGGGGAAGGAGCAGGAGCUGCUGGAGGCGGCCCGCACCGGGCACCUCCCGGCCGUGGAGAAGCUGCUGUCCGGGAAGCGGCUCUCCUCGGGCUUCGGGGGCGGCGGCGGCGGCGGCGGCUCCGGGGGCGGCGGCGGCGGCGGCGGGGGCGGCGGCGGCCUCGGCUCUUCCAGCCACCCUCUCUCCAGUCUGCUCAGCAUGUGGAGAGGCCCAAAUGUGAACUGUGUUGACAGCACCGGCUACACACCGCUGCACCACGCCGCUCUGAACGGCCAUAAGGAUGUGGUGGAAGUUCUUCUGAGGAACGAUGCACUGACCAAUGUGGCUGACUCUAAAGGCUGUUACCCUCUGCACUUGGCAGCCUGGAAAGGAGAUGCCCAGAUAGUGCGGUUGCUCAUCCAUCAAGGGCCUUCACACACCAGAGUCAAUGAACAGAACAAUGACAACGAGACGGCCCUGCACUGUGCAGCACAGUAUGGCCACACAGAGGUGGUGAAGGUGCUCUUGGAGGAGCUCACAGACCCCACCAUGCGAAACAACAAAUUCGAGACCCCUUUGGACCUGGCAGCGCUCUACGGGCGGCUGGAGGUGGUGAAGAUGCUCCUCAAUGCGCACCCCAACCUCUUGAGUUGCAACACUAAGAAGCACACCCCGCUGCACCUUGCAGCAAGGAAUGGCCACAGGGCUGUGGUCCAGGUCCUCCUGGAUGCUGGCAUGGACAGCAACUACCAGACGGAGAUGGGCAGUGCUUUGCAUGAGGCUGCUUUGUUUGGCAAGACCGAUGUGGUACAAAUCCUGCUGGCUGCAGGAAUUGAUGUCAACAUAAAAGAUAACCAUGGACUGACUGCCCUAGACACUGUGCGGGAACUGCCUUCUCAGAAGAGCCAGCAGAUAGCAGCACUUAUUGAAGAUCACAUGACUGGAAAGAGAAGUACAAAAGACAUAGAGAAAAUCUCCAUGCCCCAGCCAGCUCUCCUCUCCAUCGCGGACUCCGUAGCACCAAAGUCUCAGGGUGAUAUGGAAAAAGCAGUAACUGAACUGAUCAUCGAUUUUGACCCAAAUACUGAAGAGGAGGGUCCCUACGAGGCGCUGUACAACGCUGUUUCCUGCCAUUCACUAGACAGCAUGGCCAGCGGGAGAUCAUCUGACCGGGACUCAGUGAACAAGGAGACCGAGGCAGCAGGAGCAAGAACCGCUGGAGUGAGGCCUAGAGAACGUCCACCGCCUCCAGCAAAGCCACCACCAGAUGAAGAGGAGGAAGACCGCAUAGAUAAGAAGUAUUUUCCCUUGACAGCUUCUGAGGUCCUGGCCACGAGACCUAGGAUUCAGGGGAAUGCAGCCCAGGAAGAGGAUGAGCACCCUUACGAGCUGCUGUUAACAGCAGAGACAAAGAAGCUGGUGUCAGUGGACGGAAAAGCAAAAGACCACAGGCGGAGCAGCAGCAGUCGGAGCCAGGACUCUGCAGAGGGGCAGGACGGGCAGGUCCCCGAGCAGUUCUCCGGUCUCCUCCACGGCUCCUCCCCGGUGUGUGAGGUGGGGCAGGACCCUUUCCAGCUGCUCUCCACCACAGGCCAGAGCCAUCCAGACGGGUCCCCCCAGCAGGGCGCCUGCCACGAGGCCAGCAUGCAGCUGGAGGAGUCGGGUGUGCACACUCCAGAAGCCUCCCAGCCCUGUGGUCUGGACCAGAGCAAGAGAGCAGGCUACCCAGCGGGCCUGCCCCCCACCAGCAGCCUGUCACACCCCGAAACUUGGACUCGCACGGCAUCCCCGCACCCUGCUGGUGCUGAGGAAGAAGGAGACCGGAGUGGGGCCAGAAGCCGAGCCCCUCCCACCAGCAAACCCAAAGCCGAGCUCAAACUCAGCCGCAGUUUGUCCAAGUCUGACUCUGAUCUCCUGACCUGCUCACCCACCGAGGACGCGACGAUGGGGAGCCGGAGUGAGUCUCUGUCCAACUGUAGCAUUGGGAAGAAGAGGCUGGAGAAGUCGCCUUCCUUCGCCUCUGAGUGGGAUGAGAUUGAGAAAAUCAUGAGCUCUAUUGGAGAAGGGAUCGACUUUUCUCAGGAACAGCAGAAGAUCUCAGGUUCACGGACGCUGGAGCAGAGCGUCGGGGAGUGGCUGGAGUCGCUUGGGCUGCAACAGUAUGAGAGCAAGUUGCUUCUGAAUGGCUUUGACGAUGUCCGCUUCCUGGGGUCUAACGUGAUGGAAGAGCAGGACCUGCGGGAAAUCGGCAUCAGUGACCCACAGCACCGGCGAAAGCUGCUCCAGGCUGCACGCUCUCUGCCCAAGGUAAAGGCCCUGGGCUAUGAUGGGAACAGUCCCCCAUCCGUCCCCUCCUGGCUGGAUUCCCUGGGGCUGCAGGACUAUGUCCACUCCUUCCUGUCCAGUGGCUACAGCUCCAUCGACACUGUGAAGAACCUCUGGGAGCUGGAGCUUGUCAACGUCCUAAAGGUCCACCUGCUGGGCCAUCGCAAGCGCAUCAUCGCCUCCCUGGCAGAGAGGCCCUACGAGGAGCCGCCGCAGAAGCCCCCAAGGUUUUCCCAGCUGAGGUUUCUCCCCCUACAGUGCCAAGACUUGAUUUCCCAGACCUCGUCCCCACUGAGCCAGAAUGAUUCCUGCACCGGGCGGUCAGCAGACCUGCUGCUGCCUUCUGGGGACACAGGCAGGAGGCGGCAUGACAGUCUUCAGGACCCUGCAGCACCCUCUCGAGCAGAGCGUUUCAGAAUCCAGGAGGAGCACCGCGAGGCCAAACUAACCCUGCGGCCACCCAGCCUAGCCGCCCCCUACGCCCCCGUGCAGAGCUGGCAACACCAGCCGGAGAAGCUCAUCUUCGAGUCCUGCGGUUACGAGGCCAACUAUCUGGGCUCCAUGCUGAUCAAAGACCUGCGCGGGACAGAAUCCACGCAGGACGCCUGCGCCAAGAUGCGGAAAUCCACCGAGCACAUGAAGAAGAUCCCCACCAUCAUCCUGUCCAUCACAUACAAAGGUGUCAAGUUCAUCGAUGCUUCCAAUAAGAACGUCAUCGCAGAGCAUGAGAUCCGCAACAUUUCCUGUGCAGCCCAGGACCCAGAGGACCUCUGUACCUUUGCCUACAUCACCAAGGACCUGCAGACUAGCCACCACUACUGCCACGUGUUCAGCACAGUAGAUGUGAACCUGACCUAUGAGAUCAUCCUGACGCUGGGCCAGGCGUUCGAGGUGGCCUAUCAGCUGGCCCUACAGGCCCAGAAGUCCAGGUCGCUGGGGGCCUCUGCUGUCGAGAUGAUCGAAACAAAAUCUUCCAAACCGGUGCCUAAGCCUCGGGUGGGCACAAGGAAGUCCGCAGUACCGCUGACCCCUGAUAGUCGCUGUUGUCACUGUCACUCCUGCACCACCCACCGCCCCUCCUACCUGCCGCUGCCGUCUGUUAGUCCUGGAGUCAAGCUGGAACCACCCGACACUGACCAAGAGGCCCAGUCCCACGCCAGUGUCUCCUGGAUUGUGGACCCAAAGCCAGACUCCAAGCGGAGCCUCAGCACCAACUGAGCCACUGAGGAACCACACUGUGCUGCGGAAACAGCCGCGGGGAGCAGGCUCUGCCCCCUGCCACCGCCACCUGGCCUGCAGCUCUGAAGACCAGCCCAGCCGCCUGCAGGACCUCCUCUCAGCUGCUUGGCCCGGGUCUGCCACCACCAGGUCCUGCAGAGUGAGCCCUGCCUGGUGCGGAGGAGCACUCCAGGCCUCUAGCAGAUGAGCCUGGAAGCCCAGAGGGUCAAGAAGUGACUUGUCCAGAAUAACAUGUUUUUAAUAGGAAAAAAAAAUCUUUUUAUAAAAUGAACUUUUAACACUUGGCUCAAACCUCUAGGUAAAACUGCCAAUCUUCAGAUGAAUAACCAUGGGGUCAGAGGACUGAGGGACUGAGAUUAGCCAAAAAGCCAGUCGGGAAAGCCCUGUCCUCAGCUUGGGGCCUUGGUCUGGCCUGGGAUGUGAGGAGCGGGCAGUGGCCCUGGGUGAGUUGGAAGGAGCAGGCCCAGGUGAGGGAUUCCUGAGGGGCUGCUUCUCAGACCCAGCAAGGUGGCUGCUGUCCUUCACAGACUGCUCAGUUUCUGUCCCCAUCUAGAGCUGGACUCGGGUUCUUCAGUAAGAACACAGCCUCAGAGGCACCUGGGCUGAAGCAGAGGUUUCUGGUCUGCUCCUGGGGUUCCCAGUGUGAAGGUCCAGGGGCCAGAAGGAAGGUGGGCAAACAGUCUCUGGUGCCAGGAUGUCACGGCUGGUACUGGGAGCUCCCGGUGGCUCACCUGGUGGGCAUUGGGCACUGCCCAGGCUGGCUGCCCCACAUGCCCCGCUGAUAUUUCUGCCUCAACCAAGUUAAACGGGAAAAUCGCCGUAUUUUGGGCAUUAAUGGGAAGGUCAGCUAAGAUUGCUACUUGCCAAUUGGCGACUUGCCUGACCAGGUCUGUGUGAUUGGGCUGCUUUUGGUUCUCUGCGUUAUGGUUUGAGUGUUGAGUUCUCCACUGCUGGGCACAUGUGGCUCCAGGGGUGGAAAAAGUAGAUGAGGUGACAGUCCAUGUGAUUCCUCCUGUGUGGCCUUGAGGGCAGGCUGUGUCCUGGCAUUCCACUGCUGCUUAGCCCUUGCUUUUCAUCCGAAAGUUGCUUGGGGUUGUUCUUCCUGGGCUGGAGAAUUGAAGGGGUGGAGGCAAAGCCAGGCCAGCUGCCGCCCAGUCUCUUCCAGGGCAGCGCGCUGCGGGGUCAGCAGGCCUGGGUCGCUCUGGUCCUGGGUGAGUAUCCAGGCCUCAGCGGCGCUUCUCUUUCCCAGCAGAGGCUGUGAGUGAGUCUGUGCUGGUGUGCGUGUGCGAGGGCGUGCCCUUGGGCACCUUCCCAGCCCCGGUGGUCACCCCGCAGAGGACAGCAGGCCGUGUCCGUCUGCUGAGCGCCCAGACAGUGCCGUGGGGCGCAGCCCCCUCUGCAGUACAGGCAGGUUGUCCUCCACUUCCAGACUAAACCAGGGCCUGACACCUUGAAGUUGCACCUGGCCAUAGGGAUCCUCCCCUCGGGUCACACCACGUGGGAAAGAUGCAGAGACCCGGUUCCCGGCCCUGCGCUGAGCUGCUGCCAGCGCCCCUGGCCGCCCCCUCUCCCGCCUUGGCGCUCCUGCUCCUCGGAGCCCGCGGUGCAUGAAGCCCUGCUGGCGCAGGAGCUGCCGGAAACACACUACAGAGUCCCUGAAGCUCUUGUUUUUAGACAUGUGGAGGCAUUUCUUCCCCCGAAGCUGCUAGUCCUCUGUAUUUAUUCAGGUGUCUCCUGCUGGGAAGCCUCCAGGGCUGUGCUCCUGUGCCCCGGGGGCAGGAUGGGUUUCUCUCUGAAUGUUGAAACUAGGAAAGUGACUGGACCUCUCUUGCUCGCUCUCUCCUUCCUUCUUCCUCUACCUUCCCCAGAAAGGAAUAUUGCAACUUUAAGGUCAGGCUUCAGGUGGACCGGCCCCUGCGCUUCUCAGUGCACCCCACACCGUGUGGCUCCUGCGUCUGCGCGGUGUUUGGGCGGAGCCCACGUGCGCUCAGUCCUGUGCUGGCCGCAGGUCACCUGGCCUCUGCUCUCCUCUCACCAGCCGCCCUCCCUCCCGCCUUCCCUCUCGGCCCCUGGCCUCCGUGUCGGGCAUUCUGGAGGAGCCUGGGGUUGAGCAGGCGGCGGGCGCGGCUUUGCAUCAAGACGUUAGAACCUGAGUCUGAACGCGGUCAGCUUUGAGAUACCCAGGCCCGCAGAGCGCAGUUCACAAGACUGUUGCUGCUAAUGGUGUGGCGAUGGGACUGAAUUGUAAUAAAAAUGUUAUUUAAUCUUUGUUUCUGUAUUUUGAUACUUGAAUGACUUCCCCUUUUGUUUUACUGUACAUAUAAUUGUUAAUCUGAUUUUGUCUGAAUUAUAAACAUCUUGUGGUACCAAACAUAACCAAUCUGUGCAGCAACAUAGACUGACCUCACUACACAAGAGAGUGUAAAUAGUUCUGGGCUUCCCGCUUUGGUUUUGUUAUUUUCAUAACUGUACAACUUAGAACAGACUGAAUUAAUAAAUGAGAAGUGAAACAAAA